UCGUCUUCGCCCCCGACCACUCCCACCCACCCACGCGGUGAGCCGCUGAUCGAUCGGGAGCCCAAAGCCGACGGCGACGGACGGUGCCCUUCGGCCCGUGCCGUGCGUGCACCGCCGACAACCACGCAAACCGCUCGUCCGGCGAGCGCCGUACGCGCUCGCUGGGCGCUGCCUAAUACAGAAGACGACAGAUGGCGUGGCGUGGCGGCGCGCUGGUUUUGCGGCGGGCGGGCGGGGGGUGGGGUAAAAUAAUCUAAUAAAUCGCGGGGGUGGGAUGCGCUGAGCCAGAUGGCCGCCGCCGCCGCCGCCGCGCACUCGCUCUCCCUCCCACGCGCAGCGCCGCUCCUGCUCCGCCUCCUCUCCUCCCCGCGCCGCCACCCCGCUGCCGCCCGCCGAUUCCGCUGCUCCUCCGCGCCGGCUCAGCCCCACCGACCCGGAGGAGGUGCAGAUAGAAGACUGAGAGGUGAACUGCGCAGCAGAGCCAUGUCGAAUUCCACGAAGUCAACAGCGUUGGCAGAGUCGGUAGUGGCUGGGAGUGAAGGGGAUGUUGAGCUUCUACCCUUUGUGAAUGACAAACAUGGUGGUGUGAUCGUUGAGAUGAUGACCCCGAUGGAUCCCCAAUUGUUCUCAGCUUCCUUGAAAGCAUCAUUGUUAAAAUGGAGGGAGCAGGGAAUAAGAGGUGUCUGGAUAAAAUUGCCCAUCAAUCUUGCCAACCUUAUUCAAUUUGCAGUAGAGGAAGGGUUUUGGUACCACCAUGCAGAGGAAACUUACUUAAUGCUUACAUACUGGCUUCCAGCUACAACACAUACAUUACCUGUGAAUGCUACUCACCGUGUGGGCGUUGGAGCUUUUGUAAUGAAUGACAAAAGAGAGGUAUUGGCUGUCCAAGAAAAGAGCGGUGUACUUCGAGGCCUAGGUGUAUGGAAAUUUCCAACUGGAGUUGUUGAACCAGGAGAAGAUAUAAACAUAGGAGCUGUAAGGGAAGUAAAAGAAGAGACAGGGAUUGAUACAGAAUUUGUCGAAGUUCUUGCCUUCAGGCAGAGCCACAAAGCCUUUUUUGAGAAAUCAGAUCUGUUUUUUGUUUGCAUACUGCGGCCACUUUCCUUUGAUAUUACUAAGCAAGAAUCAGAAAUUGAGGCAGCUCAGUGGAUGCCAGUGGAGGAAUUUGCGGCACAACCAUUUGUCAAGAAACAUGAGCUCGUGAAGUAUAUUCUUGAGGUCGGUUUGGCUAAGGUUGACAAGGACUAUGCAGGAUUUUCACCAAUCCUCAUAAAAUCGGCGUUCACAGACAAAAGAUCGUUCUUUUAUAUGAACAGGAGGGACCUGGACAAGGCCUCAGAAUCCAGUAGUACGCAAAAUGACUGAAAUUUCUUUGUCCGUGGAAACACUGAAGUUUUCUCACUCAUCGUUUUUGUUCGUCAGGCCGGUUUAUACACAACAGAUUUUGACCGAAUGCUGCCUGAUUACACCAUUCCUGUGAUUCAGAAAAAGGGACAGUAAAGCAGAAGUGCAGCUGAAGUUGUUGUACUUGUGAAUUUGUAUUGAAUAUUUGAUAGGCUUACAAUACAAAUAAUGAGAAAAGUUGGUUGGACAA